AUGUUAGAACAUUUCUGUGAAUGCUAUUCUGAUCUAAGUGGUCUUAUUCUGUGUCCCGUGCUAGGAAGCAUUACUCUUCUUUUCAUUCCAAAUUCAAGAAUACGAUCGAUACGAUUGAUUGGUCUGUGCGCUUCUCUUAUUACUUUUUUGUAUUCUCCUGUUCUUCGGAUACAAUUUGAUCCUUCUACGGCCAAAUCUCAAUUUGUGGAAAGCCUUCGAUGGCUUCCUUAUGAAAACAUCAAUUUUUAUUUGGGUAUAGACGGUAUCUCUUUAUUCUUCGUGAUAUUGACCACAUUUUUGAUCCCUAUUUGCAUUUUAGUGGGUUGGUCUGGUAUGAGAAGUUAUGGGAAAGAGUAUAUUACAGCAUCUCUAAUUUUAGAAUUUCUAAUGAUCGCCGUGUUCUGCAUGCUGGAUCUUCUACUAUUCUAUGUUCUUUUCGAAAGCGUGCCAAUCCCUAUGUUCAUUAUUAUAGGGGUAUGGGGUUCGAGACAAAGAAAGAUCAAGGCAGCAUAUCAGUUUUUCCUUUAUACUUUACUUGGAUCUGUUUUUAUGCUAUUAGCUAUUCUGUUGAUUCUUCUCCAAACAGGAACCACCGAUUUACAAAUAUUAUUAACCACAGAAUUUAGUGAGCGGCGCCAAAUCUUUUUAUGGAUUGCUUUUUUCGCCUCUUUCGCUGUCAAAGUUCCUAUGGUACCAGUUCAUAUUUGGUUACCCGAAGCUCAUGUAGAGGCACCCACGGCAGGAUCCGUUAUCUUGGCAGGAAUUCUUUUAAAAUUGGGAACUUACGGGUUUUUAAGAUUUUCAAUACCCAUGUUUCCUGAAGCGACACUUUGUUUCACUCCUUUCAUUUAUACUCUAAGCGCGAUUGCUAUAAUAUAUACUUCCUUGACCACUUUAAGACAGAUCGAUCUUAAGAAGAUCAUUGCUUACUCCUCAGUAGCCCAUAUGAAUUUUGUGACUAUUGGUAUGUUUAGUCUGAACAUACAGGGAAUUGGAGGUAGCAUUCUACCGAUGUUAAGUCAUGGACUGGUUUCUUCAGCCCUUUUUCUAUGUGUUGGUGUUCUAUAUGACCGACAUAAGACUCGACUUGUUAGAUAUUACGGAGGUUUAGUGAGCACCAUGCCGAAUUUCUCUACCAUUUUCUUCUUUUUCACUUUAGCCAAUAUGAGUUUACCUGGUACUAGCAGCUUUAUCGGGGAAUUUCUCAUCUUAGUAGGAGCUUUCCAAAGAAAUAGCUUAGUAGCCACAUUAGCAGCGCUUGGGAUGAUUUUAGGCGCGGCCUAUUCCCUUUGGCUAUAUAAUCGUGUGGUUUCUGGAAAUUUAAAACCCGACUUCCUCCAUAAAUUCUCCGAUCCAAAUGGCAGAGAAGUUUUCAUAUUUAUACCCUUUCUUGUUGGAGUUGUUUGGAUGGGUGUUCACCCCAAAGUGUUCCCGGACCGCAUGCAUACAUCCGUAAGUAACUUAGUGCAACAUGGAAAAUUUCAUUGA